AUGGCAUCGCUGGAGGCGGCCGAAACCUCCCUCUUCAGCCUGAGCGGUGUGAGAGAGCGGAUGCGGGAGAAGAAGAAGGGUGCCUUGAGGACCGCGAAGUUGAAUGCCUCGCUCGCGACAAAAAUCAAAACAAAAAUCAUUAACAACUCUUCUACUAUCAAAGUCUCCCUAAAGCACAACAAUAAAGCACUGGCUCUGGCCCUCAAUGCAGAGAAAGUCAACAGACAGCGGCUCACCCAGGAGAACACCAUCUUACAGAAGGAGGUGGAGCAGUGCCACUUCCAGAAUGCUGUGCUGCGGCACAAGCUCUCCUUCCUGAAUAACACCUUGAAAGAAUUUGAAAACCUGAUAGCUGCAGUAAAGUUGGCCCAGCUGUCUGAGUUCCAUACAAGUUCUGCAUCCUUAUCCAACGGCCAGAAGAGCAGUGUGACUGAAGAUAGCUGCGCUGAUGAUGUUGUAGAUGGUCAACUUGUGAGGGCUAUAGGGAUGCCAAUGAGGGUGCCCAUUUCCAAGGUGUGUGGUGCAGGACAGCAAGGUGGCAGCUCCAUGGCAGUACAGACCUCCUCACCAGACCUUCAGAGACAUGGUUCUGAGGCCCUGGAAAUUGUGCCUGUUGCCUCUGAAGACACUUUGCCGCCACAGCCUGGAGAGGCCUCAGUUCCACCAGGAAGAGAAUGGGAAGAAACCAACUGA